CAGCUGCAUGAGUAAAAUUAAAUUCUAGUAUUUAACAAACUGAUCAUAUCCCAGUAGGAGAAGCUAGUGAGGUGUGUGCACCUCAGCUGGCUGUAGGUUAAAAUCAGGCUGCCUCACUGGGGCUGUUUGAACUGUGUGGAACAUGUAUUACAGUGCUGUGGAUCACACAGUGAGGAUACAGAUGGUAUUACCCUGCUCAGGUGCCACAGCAGCACCUCCAGUAGAAGUUUCUCUGCUCUCUUAGCAGGUCUCAGGUACCCUGGCAGCACUGCACAUGAGUGCUAUCUCCUGUGCAGGAUUUCCUGAGAACACUGUGACCCUUAGUGAGGCACCUGAAGUUCCUCAGAAUGCUGAUUAAGGUCACUGUAAAGCCUGCUAGUACUCUUUGCCUGACAAACUAAGCUGCAGACUGGCCUUAUCACACUCCAGAAUCGAAGCCCAUUAGGCCUUAUCUUGGGACUUUCAAAAGAUAAGGAUGAUUGGAUGUCUGGGGUUUUAUUUUGGGGGGAUAGGAUCUUUUUGGCUGGGAAUGGCCAAAAACAGUCAACCUCUCAUCCCUGAGAGGUUGCUGUCCAUCACACGUGGCACAAAGACAGGGGCCACUAAAGAUGUGAGGUCUAGUACAUCCCUUGAGUUUUUGCACAUUAGUGGUGCUGCGGCCUCCCAUCUAUUCUGAACCAUGCUCCUAUAGUUUUACAUGUUUUAUUACCAGCAAUUAGGCUAAUAUCAAAUAAAUAAUCACAGGAACCUUCUCAUACUGUAAGUUGUUCCUCACUUUGCUCCCUAUUAUAAAUAGAUGAGAGGAUUUUUAAACCUCCUCCUUUCUGUCUACAUUUUGGUGGUUUGGUUUUCUUUUUAACCAGAGAAAGCAAAACAUCUGCUGAGAGCUAAACCUAAAUGCAGAGAGGAGCACAGUCAUUUGCUUUUAUUUCCUCCAGCUGAGCUCUGUCCUUAUCAGACUGGCAGAUGAAGGAGCUAAUUACUGGUGGUUGAGGAUUGGGUGUCUUCUUUGUUUGCCUGUCCUGGGUUUUGGAAGUGACCAUAAUUCCUUAUUUACUUCACAGUUCCUGCUCUUUGGGGAAGUUCUUUGUCUUCAGGGUUCAAAGGCAAAGGGUGUAGGAAGGUGAAGCAGAGAAAAAAGUCAAAGCUUUUCUUUUCCAUAGGCCAACUUGCUGAAUUAUUGUGGGAGAUAACCUUGGUAAAUUCCAUGAUAUGGUUCUUGCUUGAUCCUUACUUCUCUUGCAUUUGUGUCACUGUAAAUUAAGACUGAGUACUGUAUAUUUAGUUCUCUCUUAUUUUUUAUCCUUUAGCUGUAGCUACCUUCAGAGCUUUAGUAGAGCUAGCCUGGCUGUUCUCUGAGUUCAAGAAUCAGUGUUAUUGUGGGUGUUUGUAUGAUAAAUGCAGGAUAGACUUUUGAUCAGUUCUCAUUUCAACUUCAGAUCGUGACUCCCCUUUGAAAGCAGCAACUUCAACGAGAGUUAUAGGACAGGGUGUAGCUUGUUUGCAUAUUGCUCUCUGCUUAGGCUCAUUUUGCGUUUGUGCAGUAAUGCUCUGAUCGCUAUCACCCUGCAAUUAUUCCUUAUUGCCACUUCACUACCACUCAUGUCAGCAAAACAAGAGAGCAGAGAGCACUGGUGAUUGCCCCAUUUCUCUCUGAAAAAGUGGCUGGACAAGGCAGUGCAAUUCAUGUGUAAGUAGUGUAAGAUACAAAUGUUCGUAUUCCAGCUGUUGUUAAUACAGUAAGAGAGACUACUAGUUGCAGAUAAUCUUCACAGAGAUGGAAGUGACCUCACUUCCUUAUUUCAGUCUCUAGAUCUUUAUUACUAUAUCAGGUUAUUGCCUCAUGGAUAUGGUUUCGGUUUGGAGCAGUGUGUAGCACUGCAGCUGAGUGCCUGCAAGUUGGGUUAAGCGAUAAGAGUUCAUUGCUUCACAGCUGUGAUGAGGAGAGCAGGAGAGAGAUGGCUUUCAAGCAAAGAAAGAGGGUGAAUGGGCAGUGUUUUGCUGCAGGCUUCUCUUCAGGAUUUGGGAUUCUGUUUUCAGAUCUAUCACAAGCCUGUUGUGUCAUAUCAGAUGGAAUAUCAAAUCUUCUCUCUCAAUUUAUCUGUCAGUCAAAAGAUAUUAAUAAUGUAGCAGAGAACUGUAGGAUUUGAUAAGUUGUUCCUGUUAAGACUGCAGUGUUUCAGAAGGAAAUCCUAACCUGUACUCACACUCCUGCUUGGUAAAAUACAGCAUGGAAAGUACCGCAUAGAGUGGGAGGAGGUGGGGAACAGACAACAGAGUCACUCUGCAGUUAAAAGAGCUGCUGUACAGUUCAAGCAGGUGACAUACCAUUAUUUGGAUAUUUUCUAUGCUGCUCUUUAAAUGCCUGUGAGCUGGUAGAUCACUAACUUCUUUUGAAAUGUUUCUGUUGUGAUUUGACCACUGAUACUUCGCAGAAAGGGUUACUGUUCUAUCUCAGGUGUCAAGGCAAAACAAAUUGUUACAGACCAGCAAAUGAAUAAAUUUAGAGUUUCAGGGUAGUUGAGAAGUGGUUGUGUUUCUACACAGGGAUCUCGUCAACUCAUUUACACUGGUUGACCCAGCAGAAGCUGCUGAAAUUGCUGGGUUUAGACUGCGGUCAGGUUAGUGUGCAGACAGGUACAUGGCCACUGUAACUGGCAGCUGGAAUUGUACCUCCUAAAUUCUGGCUGGCCCAGGCUGCAAGCUGCUCUUGUGCCAUGUCGUUGGGUGCUGGUGGAGCCUGCAGCAUUGCAAUAUCUGAUGAUAUCAUUUUACUGUCUUUCCCUAUACAGGCUGAAGGGAAGGCAGUGCUAAUAACAGGCUGUGACAAAGGUUUUGGACAUGCCUUGGCAAAACAGCUUCACGCAAAGGGAUUUACUGUUUUUGCUGGAUGCUUGCUCAUGGAUGAGAAUGGGGACGGAGCCAGGGAGCUGAAGAACAUGAAGUCAGAUCGCAUGCAGGUGCUACAGAUGGAUGUGUGCAGUGACCAGGAGGUUGCUCAGGCUGUGGAUUUUGUAAAGAGGACCCUGAAGGAGCCAGAGGAAGGUUUGUGGGGCCUGGUGAACAAUGCUGGUGUCUCAACCUUCGGAGAGGUGGAAUUUGCAAGUUUAGACAACUACAAGAAGGUGGCAGAGAUCAACCUGUGGGGCACUGUGAGGGUGACAAAGGCUUUCCUGCCCCUCAUUCGCAGAGCUAAAGGCCGUGUGGUGAAUAUCACAAGCAUGUUGGGACGGAUGGUGAGCCCAUCUCGCUCCUGCUAUUGCAUUUCCAAGUUUGGAGUGGCAGCCUUCUCCGACUGCCUCCGGCAGGAGAUGUACCGCUGGGGUGUCAGAGUCAUCCUCAUUGAGCCCAGCAACUUCGUGGCAGCCACAGGCAUCCUGACGGCAGAGGGCAUCGACAGGCAGGCUGAGGCGCUGUGGAGCGGGGCCAGUGACACCGUGCGGCAGGACUACGGGAGGGACUAUUUCACUGGCCACGUGGCCCGGAUGAAGUCCUUCGUUAACAGUGGCCUGAAGGACAUGUCUCUGGUCUUGGAUGACAUCACCGAUGCGCUCACCUCCCCAUGCCCGAACAACCGUUACAGUCCCAUGGAGAUCUACUGGUGGGUGAGGCUGCAGGUCAUGACUCACCUGCCCACUGCCAUUGCCGACUGGCUCUAUGUUGCCGGGGCCACCCUGUAGGUGGCCGUCCUUCAGGCAUCCUUCCAGUGCUCGUACGUACACACAGUCAGAGCUGACUCAGUCGGGGCUGUUCUGCACCCACUGCUGAUGCAUCUCCCCUCUAGAUGUGUGUGCUUUCACUUCAGGUUAUGGCUUCAGGUCUUCUGUUGUGGGAUGCUGAGAACAGCAUGGCUUUUUUGUUUAUUUUUCCUAAUUCUUGCUUUUUAUAUUCCCUGCUGUCCUGAUUUAAGUUGAAAGGUGUCGUCUUUUUAACUGUGGAGGAGGCAGAGGAAGGUUAACAUAAUGGGUCAAAUAUGUGGCUAGUGUAAUUAGGUCAGCAGAGCUCCCCCAGUGAUAAAUUUGGCUCAUUAAUGGGCUCUUGCUUUUCCUUAAAAGGACAGGCUGCUAAUAGCAGAGCAAAGCUGUUGCUAUGAGAUGUCUUGAAGGGAGAAACUAAAAUGGGAAACAGAAGCAGAGUUUUCCAUUGAAAAUGGGUCAGUCAGCCUUCCGUUCAUGAUACUGCUAGGAAGCUCUGCUGUGCUGUGACUGUCUGUUCUUUCCAGGAAGACAGCAACACUGCCUCUAAACAGCCUCAUUACCUAGCUCAGGGGGGUCAGAUUCCUGCAAAGAAGGGUUCUUCCCUCCCAGCACUGUGGCCAGGAGAUGCCAGAGCCUGUGACUGUGGACAGGCUGGGCAGGGAAAAGCCCUUCCAAAAAUGCAGGAAGUCUGAGCCAUCCCUCAGUCAGUCCCUGUGGAUGAUGGGACUUGCAGCCUCUCUCCAUUCGCUGCUGAUGAGCUUUGUGGCUCUGACUGCUACUUUAGGUACUGGUGCCUGAACCACCCAACCGUGGUACACUGUCCAGCCAUCCCCCUGCUUCCCUCAUGUCAUUGCCCUGUGCUAGGCUCCCUCUUGUUGGUGAGGGAACUGCUCUUGCUUUCCCAAAUCCAUUUUUUGGUUUCAUCCUCUCAUCACCUGAACAGUGACAGGGCACUGUACAGCUAGUGUGGCCUGACUGUGAGCUCUGGAAGGGUGCUUCAAGUGACGUGUUCCUUUUUUUCAAUAUUGCACAAUGAAAUUUCCAUGUCACACAUGAUUGUCUCCUCAGAGAACCUCCUGCUAAUGGAUAUGAGCUACUUGUGCACAGUGUCCCCAAGGGUCUCUUCUGUUGGCCAUAUACAGGGAUUUCAAUCAUUUUUCCAAGCUUUGGGGCUGCCUGGCUUCAUGCCCCAUUCCCUCUGUCCCAGUGAUGACCAGUAGUGGAGCAGCCAGCAGGCCUCGAGUGCUGCUGGCCAGGCUGGGACCCUGCCUUCUUACUCUAGGGACCAGAUUUCCCUUCCACUGCUAAACUUUGUUCUGUUUUGUCCUAUAACAUUAAGUGGCUCUGAGAAGAGCUUAUUGUUUGCUCAUUCCUUAUCUGUCUCUGCUAGCUCUGAUGUGAAAACUGUGCCAUAAACUUUUUAUAUGCUGCUGGCUAUAAAUGCUUGGAGUCUGCAUGCAGCCAUGAAUGCUGUGAUGCCUGAGGAGGAGAGCAGGCUUCCCUUGGAGAUGCUGUGGAGGUAGCUUAUAUAACAAGUAACAGCUACUGGUAAUGCUGGCUGUCCAGUUCUUUUCUGUUCCAGAUCAUCGGCACUUGGAGAUCACCUGGGAUCCAGGACCCAGAACGAUCUCACUGAACUGCAGCUUAAGCAGUGUUGUAAUCACUUCUGCCCCCUGCACUGUGAAAUGUGAGUAAUGUUAAGUAGCACUGAUUUGCACAGAGAGAAUAAACUGAGAUUUGUA